UAAUGUUUAGGGUUAUCCUUCAAGGCUUCUCUAGGGUUUGCAAAACCAUUUAAAAGCCUCCUCUCUCAACCUCCAAGUGAUAGAAACCCCAUCCAAAGACAUUUGAGUUGUCCUUGUGAAGAGGCAAUAGAAAAAUUUCUUGGGAUCCAAAACAAGUGGUUCUUUCUUCUCCAAAAGCUCAAAAAAGUUAUGGGAAUAGACAUACAAUCCCUACUUCCAUCUCUUAGCUUGAAGGGUACCAAGACCCUACAACUUAGGGCCCUCUCCCACUCUCCAUAUGGUUAUUCUUGGAAGAGGGCUUUGAGAAUUCAAUAUAGGAGAAGUGGGAGGAUGAAUGGUGUUUUGGGUAGGGAGAGAAAGGCAAGGUCAUUGAGUAAGAAGAGGAAGAGGUGUGUUGAUGGGGUUGGAAGAAGGGUGGAGGCCUUGAAGAAGCUUGUUCCCAAUGGUGAAUCAGAGGGUUUGGAUGGUCUCUUUAGGGAGACAGCAGACUAUAUUACCUGUUUGCAAAUGCAGGUCAAGGUUAUGCAAAUUAUGGUUGAUUUCUUCUCUGAUUCAUCCAACUUAGGAGUGGGUGAGAGUGAAGUGUCAAUGUAAAUCCACAUUAUGUACAUUCUUUUUCCUUGUUUUUUUUUUUUUUUUCCUU